AUGCCACCAAAGAAAAACGGUAACCAAAAUAUUAAAGUUGCAGUAAGAUGCCGACCUCUGAACAAUAUUGAAAAAAGGGCUGGCUCGUAUGAUGUAGUGAAACCAAUUCCAGAGAAACGGGAAGUCCAUGUUCGAGAGAAGCUGGGAAUUGUAACCCAAAUGAAAACCUUUGGCUUUGACCAUGUUUUUGCUCCAACAGCCAAACAAAUUGAUAUUUACAAAUCUGUUGUCGUUCCUGUGGUGGAUGAAGUGUUGUUGGGCUACAAUUGCACCAUUUUUGCAUAUGGUCAAACAGGAACAGGCAAAACUUUCACAAUGGAAGGAGAGCGAAGUCCAGAUCAACAUAUUUCUUGGGAGGAAGAUCCCCUAGCUGGUAUCAUUCCAAGGACUAUGCAUCACAUCUUUGAACAAUUAAAGAAACAAGAUGUAGAAUUUUCUGUGCGUGUCUCUUUUAUUGAAUUGUACAAUGAGGAACUGUUUGACCUUUUGGGAUCAUCUACUAGUUUGAGAAUCUUUGAGGAUCCCAAGAAACCAGGAUCAAUAAUUAUCCAUGGAAUGGAAGAAAUCACUGUGAAUAAUAAAGAUGAGAUUUACCAAAUUCUUGAAAGAGGAGCUGCUCGAAGACAAACUGCUGCUACUUUGAUGAAUGCCACUUCCAGUCGUUCCCACUCAGUGUUCAGUGUUACUAUUCACACUAAAGACACUACCAUCACUGGAGAGGAAUUAUUAAAGACUGGCAAAUUAUAUUUGGUUGACUUGGCUGGUAGUGAGAACAUUGGACGUUCUGGGGCUGUAGAUAAACGUGCCAGAGAAGCAGGCAAUAUUAAUCAAAGUUUGCUUACGUUGGGUAGAGUCAUUACAGCCCUUGUUGAACAUGCUCCCCAUGUACCAUACAGGGAAAGCAAGUUGACAAGGUUGCUGCAAGAUUCUUUAGGUGGUAAAACAAAAACUUCUAUAAUUGCUACCAUUUCGCCAGCAGCAUGUAACCUUGAGGAAACUUUGAGCACUUUGGAUUAUGCCCAUAGAGCCAAAAAACAUUCAGAAUCGCCCUGA